GGAAUUUUCCUUAUGUCUUUCAUGUGGGAUUCGGCGAGCUUCUAAGUAACAGACAAAUCAUAUCUAGAACACAGUGUUAAGUGCUUUAGAAUACGUUUCCCAAUAAGUAUUAUGAUAAUGAAGUAUUGAAAGCGCCGUUUAUUUUAUAUACCAGUGUACUAGUUUACCGUGUCUGUACCUCUUCAGUUGUUCAUCACGGUCACGGCCAAAUUUUGGCUAGGCGUCGUGUCCGAGCAUCAAAACAAAUGCUGAGAAGCUGAAAGAAGUCAAAACUUUAAGUCGCUAAACUUAUAGAGCUGAGUCUUCACACGAAUACAGAUAGCAUCAGCCACUAGAUGAACAGUACAUUUUCAUCGCAUCGCUUCAUUCAGACAUGCAGCUGAACUGAGCCACUUAUUUAGGUACAGUCAGCAUGGUGACGACGGUUCAAAUAUUACUCAGAGUCCUAGAAAUUGUUUGGGGCUUGUCAAUCAAAGUCCAGUGUGAUAACAUCCAUCUUGGAAUUCUGAUUCCCAUUGAUCACGGGACAUGGAAAGUUGGGAAAGAAAUAAUCCCCAUUAUUGGUCGAGCAAUACAAGAAGUAAAUAACAGAGGAAUUCUCCCUGGUUACAACAUCACAUACACACUGAAAGAUAGUAAGUGUAGUUCUAAUACGGCACCUGGAAUAACCGCUGACCUAAUGAACUCGAAGACCAAAGUCAAUACUUACAUAGGACCGGGAUGCUCUGCGGCAUGUUUAAGCGCGGGACUACUGGCUCACUAUUGGAACGUGCCAAUGAUUUCAUUCUCCUGUUCCUCUUCCUCCUUAAUGAAUCGAAAAAAAUAUUCCACGUUUGCACGAACCCAACCAUUCAGCAGAACGUACUCUGGUGUCACACCCGUCGCUCUGUUGAAGAUCAUGCAGCACUAUCGGUGGAAAAGAGUUGCUAUCAUUGCGCCAUAUGGGUACAAAGGAGACACUAUAUGGGAACCCAUUGCAAAUUCUGUCAGAAGCCAUUUUUUGACAAAUAACAUAACCGUGCCAUACUACAAGGCGCCGUAUGUGUCGGGAUACGAUGACGUUGCUCAGAACUCAAGAAAACAGAUGCUAAUGACAGCUAAAUCUCAAGCAAGAGUAAUUUUCGUACUAGCAAAUAGGGAACAAGUAUCGUCUUUGCUCCUGCUGGCGAAAGAAUUGAACAUGUUCAAUGGCAAUUAUGCCUUCAUCACGCUUGACUUCUACGUUUCAUCCAAUCUGAAGAAAACGAUCACUAAUAGAAAUCCUGAAAUAACUAAUGAUGAGAUUAUGAAGGCUUUCAAUGGAAUAAUUACCCUAACGGUAAAGAGUCCCUCAAAGGAUGAAUUCAAGGAGACUUCCAAAUGGUUGACAGAAAGAAUGACUCUUGAUCCAAGCAAUCCAAAUGCUGUGGCCAGUGCAUCGGCUGUGAAUACAGCUCCCUAUCUACACGACGCAAUACUUUUGUAUUCUUAUGCUCUUAAUCGAACACUUCAGGAUGGUAAAGACAUCAAUAAUGGAAGGACUUUAUUUUCCCGAAUGAGGUCGAAGUCACCUCUUUUCACAGGUAUGUCCGGGCCGGUAACAAUAGACAACAAAGGUAAUCGAGUUCCUACAUUCGUUGUUGAAAAUGUCCUUAUCAACGACACCAAACCACUAAUGGAACUAUGGUCCAAUGGCACCAUUCAAGAGGUAUUUAAAGUUGACACGGUAUGGCCAGGGGGAGGAACGACCAGGCCAGAUGAUAACCCUGAGUGCGUUUUUAUUAAAUGCCCUUUACCUGAAGAGGGUCAUUUGGUGCGAAACUCAAUCAUAACCGCCAUGGUAGUGAUAUCUGUGCUGUUCGCCUUUGUCCUUUUGUUUUACUACAGAAAGAGAAAAUACGAAGAAGACCUUUUCAGUAAAACCUGGAUCAUAAGUUCCAAAGAUAUUACUCCUGCAGACUUGGACGUUCGAUUUGCAAGCAAGGUGAUCAGGAAUCACUAUGACGCCCCAUCAAGAUGGUCAAGAAUGACGGAACACAAUCCCCCUGGUGCAUUAACUUCUUAUUUCGGACGAUACAAGGAUGAAUUUGUGGCGUUAAAGCGACUGAGAAAGGAUACAUUAAAUUUGACACGUAAUAUGCUCAUUGAGAUGAAACAGGUGCGUGAUAUCGUUCACGUCAACUUGAUCCAGUACAUUGGAGUGUGUUUAGAGCCUUCUAACAUAUUCAUCGUAUCACAGUACUGCCAUAGAGGAAGCCUGCAGGAAAUACUUGCCAAUGAUGACAUUAAACUUGAUUGGUUUUUCCGCGCUUCCUUCGCAAACGACAUUUGUAUGGGAAUGAAGACCCUUCAUGCUAGUCCUAUCCACUUACAUGGUAGUCUUCGCUCAUCCAAUUGCUUGAUUGACAAUCGAUGGGUAUGUAAGAUUGCAGACUAUGGACUUAAACUUAUAAAAGCAAACCAAAAGAAGGACCUUGAGACUGGAAAUCAUGCAUCCUUUGCAAAGCUAUUUUGGAAAGCACCAGAAUUACUGUAUGGCAGCACCACUAACAAAGAUAAAAAGCCUCUCUCCACUCAAUGUGGAGAUGUCUACAGCUAUGGCAUAAUACUGUAUGAACUUUUGACAAGGGAGGAACCUUACUCCGCCGUCGAUUUGUCUCCUCGUGAUGUCAUAGCUCGAGUCUGUAGUCGAUCAUUUCCACCAUUUCGGCCCUCCGUUCCACAAGACAUCACAAACAUCCCCAUGAUUAACCUGAUGAAACUUUGUUGGGAUGAUGAUCCUCAAGUAAGACCAUCUUUCAACGAGAUAAACAGGCGACUAAAAGAAAUGCAUAAAGGAAAGCAUUCUAUAGUAGACAACAUGUUACGUUUAAUGGAAAACUAUACCGACCAAUUAGAAACGAUUGUGGAAGAAAGAACACGACAGUUAGCAGAGGAAAAGAAGAAAACCGAUGAGCUACUCUACAAAAUGUUACCAAGGCCUAUAGCUGAAUCUCUAAAGAAUGGACAGCCAGUACUAGCAGAGAGUUAUAAAUCAGUCACGAUAUUCUUUAGUGAUAUAGUUGGAUUCACAGCUCUUGCUGCCGCAAGCACGCCUUUACAGGUCGUCCAUUUCUUAAAUGAUUUAUACAUUGCCUUCGACACCAUUAUAGACUCACAUAACGUUUAUAAGGUUGAAACGAUAGGCGAUGCCUAUAUGGUCGUGUCCGGUCUUCCCGUUCCCAAUGGCAACAAGCAUGCAGAAGAAAUAGCCAACAUGGCGCUCAACCUCUUGGAAUGCUCAAAGAGUUUUAAAAUAAGACAUUUUGAAAGUAGACAGUUGCAGCUACGAAUAGGGAUGCAUACAGGUCCUUGUGUAGCCGGGGUGGUAGGGAUAAAGAUGCCUCGUUACUGUUUGUUUGGGGAUACGGUAAACUAUGCGUCAAGAAUGGAAUCAAAUGGAGUUGCCAAUAGGAUUCACGUUAGUACUGAGUGCAAGAAAGCUCUAGAUGUUAUUGGUGGAUGGCAGUUUGAGGAAAGAGGAUAUAUAGAAAUAAAGGGUAAAGGCACAGUUUUUACUUACUUCUUGGAUGGCAAAGAAUUGGGAGAGCAUAAAAUUAAUAAGAGAUGAUAUAAUUAAUAUGCUCAAUAAAAAUAAAGAUAGCAAAAAAAUAAUUUAUAUAUUAUUCUAUUAGUUAACUUUAUCUCCAAAAGAGCAAAGUUAUAAUUAAUUAUACAUCUUAGCUGAGAGCUUCAUCUAUUUUUAUUUACAAGUUUUUUUUUGGAAGCUAAUCAGUAACCAAUUUUCUCUGAAAAAAACAAACAAUUUAGAAUACUCAAGGAGCCACUAUGAAAAUUCUGGUCCAAUAGGGGCCACAAGGAGUUUAAGUUUUGAGUGUGUUUGUAUGUACAUAUGUGUAUGUUGGGGGGUGGGGGGGCUGCGUAUUUUAUCCAGGUAUGGGAGAAUCCCCCCCCCUCCAUCCACCCAUACACACAAACUUGGAAAUGUGAUUUGCACUAAUGUUUCAUAGGCAAUUCCAACAUUUAUUGUAUUAAUGCAUGUGAAAGUAUUACCCAACUCACGGUCGCUCAUGGUCACUCAACAAAAAAUCUUUAUUGGUGCCGACCAGAGGUCCUUGUCUGUCCCAGUGCAAUACAAAAAAAUCACAAAUGAAUUAAAAUUAACACAAGUUUGCCAUUCGCUGAUGAAGGUUUUAGUAUGCAACUGAAACAUCCUAUUAUAACUUUAUUAUUAUUUGAUCAAUGCCAACUAAUAAUUUCCUGAUUUCAUAUCAUAACAUAAGUUUUCUAUGUAACUUUUUAUAAUUUUAAAGGUGUUUUGAAAGAAAUCAUAAUCAAAAAAAUAUGCAAAUUUUAGAUGCCCCACAUAUGCCCCAUAUGAUCAGAUCAUGCUGGAAGAAAAAUGGAGCUUAGAAAAAACGAAAAAGGAGAUAAGACAUAUAGCUCAGAAAGACACCAUUAGACUAUUUUUUAUAAAACCCCAGAACUUAUAAUUUUAUGCAUUGAUAAAAAUUAAAAUGUGAAGUAAAAAAUAUGAAUAGAACUAAAGCUUUUUAUGUAAAUUAC